AGGAGGUGUUUUCGUUUGUAUACCAGGGUUAAACAGCAGCUUUUUUGUUGUUGUUGUUUUCCUUUGUUUAUUUUCCAAUUUGCUGCCCUUUACUCGGGGCUAGGCUUGCGCUAUGUCUUCUUUCUUCACGCUACCAGCUUCCCAACGUAAGCGGAAGAGAGACGAUGGUGGUGUAGCACCUGCGUCAAAGAAGAGGGGGGUAUCAGCAAAGGGGGGCGGAAAAGGCGCUCAGGAUGCUGACCAGCGAGACAAGAGAAAAUUGAGGGACGAGUCGAUAUCUGGAAGCGAAUCUGAUGACGAUGACUUCUCCCAAAGUGAGGCGUCAAUUGAGGACGAGGGUUCGGAGGAGGAGUCGGAAGACGAGACUGCAGCUGACCGGAGGUUGAGACUGGCGGAGCGAUAUCUGGAAAAUAUAAGAGAAGAGGUUGACGAGGUUGGCUUUGAUGCUGCUGACAUUGACCGGGACUUGAUUGCGGAGAGGUUGAAAGAGGAUGUGGAUGAAUUGAAGGGACGGAUAUAUCGACAAAUAAGCUCGCAAUUGUCUUUUUCUACAGCGUCGCAUUCAUUCUUUCGUGCGGAUACACAAAGUACCACUGCAAUUGCGGUACAUUCACCUUUCGUCUAUACAGUCUCCAAAGACAAGACGCUCAUAAAAUGGGAGCUGGCGACCCCAUACCCUAGCCCACCUACAGAACAAACAGCUCAUCUUACCAACGGAGAAUCAAAGAGAGCGAAGCGUCCUCAAAGAAAAAAACCAAAGAAAAUCAGGUCCGUUCGGGGACUACAGCAAACCGAUGAAGGAAGUAACCCGCAGGGCCAUAUCGGAAAUAUCCUCGCGGUAGCCGUGUCGCCCUCAGGCGAGUUCGUAGCAACUGGAGGCGCGGACCGGCGCAUAAUAAUAUGGGACGCGGAGACCCUCACCCCUCUGAAGACUUUCAAUCAACACCGUGACGCCGUGAGCGGGCUAUCAUUCACACGACGAAUCUCCUCAUCUAGCUCCGGCGAACAACUAUUCUCCUCCUCCUUCGACCGCACCAUAAAAACAUGGUCCCUUAGCCCCGGGGCGCACGCGUACGUGGAGACCCUCUUCGGACACCAGGACAACGUCAUCGCUGUUGACUCAAUGGCGCUAGACCAGUGUGUCAGUGUUGGUGCUCGCGACCGCACUGCACGGUUAUGGAAGGUCGUUGAUGAAACGCAGCUCGUCUUCCGUGGCGGUAGCUCAAAAGGCAGCUCAUAUAUUGAGGGUUCAAUCGAUUGCGUGGCUGUACUGCCGCCUACACAUUUUGUCACAGGCUCAGACUCAGGAGCCAUCUCGCUCUGGUCAAUCCAUAAGAAAAAACCCGUCUAUACGGUCCACCAGGCACAUGGGGUCGACCCCGUACCACCACUCGACGAAUUGUCGUCUGAGAUUGACCCCAUCGUUGCAAAAAAUAAUACGCGCAACAUGUCGCCCAACCCGCGGUGGAUAACAGCCCUCACAACACUGCCGGGGACGGAUAUUGUCUUAAGUGGAAGCUGGGACGGAUGGAUCCGCGCCUGGAAGAUUUCCGAUGAUAAAAGAACAAUCGUACCACUGGGACCAGUCGGCGCGCCAUCGCCAUCGCCAUCAUCACCACCACCCGCCGUCAAUUCGACGGAUCCUGUAGGUAACGAUAACAAUAACAUGGACCUCGAUGCCCCCGCGUCCACAUCAAGUGGACAGGCCCCUCGCCCACAUCCACUCCUAAAGGGCGUCGUUAACGGCAUCGACGUAUUCGAACGACGAGCCCCCGAUGAUACCAAAGCUACGGCCCUCAAACCGAAGUCAAAGAAAGGCAAAUCUAACUCCUCGUCUCAAAAGGAGCAGGGGCAGGAACAGAAGGGUAUCUGCAUCGUCGCGGCCCUGGGCAAAGAGCAUAAACUUGGUCGGUGGAAGUACUCUACCAACACUGACGAGAAUGGGAAGUGUGGUGAUGGAACGGGAGUGGGGGGGUGGAAUGGGGCGGUUGUGUUUGAGGUGCCGUUUUUGGGAGAGGAGGUGACCCGGGAGUUGAGUUUGGGUGGCUAGAAGGUUGAUGUUUCUGGUUUUAAAUGGAAGUAUGUGGAGGGGAUAUACAGGCGCCGGGAUUUUUGAAUGAAUGAAUUGUUAAAUUUAUUACCAUGUGUUUGGCAUUGACCUUGUAGAUCAUAACCCGCAUGGAUGAAGGUUUGAUUUUCUUUUCCUUUCUCUCAUAUAUUCGUUUUCCAUUCUUCGCUCUUCUCUUUUCCUUGCCUUUCUGAAAACCGAUUACUGGAAUGUUUGUACCAAGUAUGUAUGUACAUGUACUGUACAUAAAAAAAUGUGCCUAUAAAAUAUUGAAAUACCCCCACUGCACCAAUAAUUGCUACAUGUUAUUCGCUCUUGAUGUCCCCUUCCCCUCCAUCUUUGGUUUACCCGUAGUGCGGGCAUUCUGUCUAUGGCUGUGCAUAUUAUGUGGCUUGGAGGUUAUACAUGUACAUGUACAUGUACAUAUACAUUUAACAUAUCCAAGGGUAUCUAUAUUUAUGAUACACAAUAUGUAGCCAGCAUCAGCAACUGUACGAAGCAUGAAGGAUUUUCAACGACCGCCUACCUUAUUACACAAAUCGAUCGAGAAAAAAGGGAGUCUCGUGUAAAAGCAAAAACAAAAAGUAUUAUAUCCUUAUUAACUAUCGUGAAUCCAUAUUGCAUGCUUCGAUAAACAAUACGAACAAACACCAUACCAGAGAAAGAAAAAUAGGAAAACCAAAGAAAUAGAAAAAAGCGAAACGGC